AUGUUCCAAUCUUCCCAAUCUCCCAUCUCUUCCGAACAUCCAAAGCUAAGUGUAAUACCUGAUGAAAAUUUUUUGUUAUCCUCGCCAUUGGAAAAUAACACUAUAAUCGAUCCAAACAACAUCCAGCAAAAUGUUUCCAAUUUUAAUCACAAUUUCCAAUUUGAUUAUAAAAAUAACACCAAUAAUGAUGAUAACUAUAAUGUUUAUAGUAAUUUGCUCUCAAUUGACCCCAUAACAAUUGUCAUCACUGAAUGCAUGCGUAUUUCUUCAGAAAUGAGAAAACAAUCAAGAUUCUCGCAAACCAGUGUAGCUGCUAUCCUUGGAACAUCUUCAAUUACAACUGAUAACUCAAUCAAUUUUUCCAAUAACAACAACAUUAAUACCAACAUCAAUACCAAUUCUAAUACUGCCACAAAUUUUCAAACAAACAACCCUUUAUUAUCUGGUUUUCUUCAAUUAAGAUCAAUGCUACUAAACAUCUCUUCAAUUAAUCAAGUAGAUCCCUUGACUUUAUUACAACCUUUUUUACUCCUAAUAAAAUCUCCUACAACAUCUGCUCAUAUAACUUUGCUUGCUUUGAACUCCUUAUCUAAAUUUAUCAAUUAUAACAUAAUAUCAAUUAAUAACAUUUUGAUUAAUAACGACAUCAACAUAAUCUCAGAAAUCUUAUCCUCUUUAACUCACUGCAAAUUUGAAGCAAAUGACCAAACUUUCGAUGACACUGUUUUAUUAAAAGUCUUGAAUUUAUUGCAAAUCAUUCUAUCUCAAAUUUUUAACAUCAACCACUUCAAUUUAAACUUUCAAAAAUUUUCAAAUGGUUUAAUCUUAGAAAUCAUCCAAACUUGUCUAAAUUUAGCUUGUAAUAAAAGAAGAAAUGAAAUAUUAAGAAAAAAUUCGGAACAGUUAAUCUUUGAUUUGAAUUUCAAACUACUACAAUUUCUUAAAUUUAAAACAAUCGAUUCUUUAAAUUUUUUCCAAUUAAACUCAAAUUCAAAUUCAUAUCCAAAUUCAAAUUCAAAUUCAAAUGACUUGUCUUUGUUAACUAAAAAUCUCAACAACUUAUAUAUAGAUGAUAUCAAUUCAAAUGUCCUAAAUAAUGAUGAACUAUAUGACACACCUCUAAACUAUUUAUGCGUCAAAGAUUAUUUAUCCAUUUUAAUCUCUAUUCUAUCUCCCCAAAACAGAUAUUACCACACUGAAUCAACCAAAAUCUUGGCUAUUAAUAUCAUAAAUUUUUCUUUAGAAACUUUUGGUAAUUUUUUCAUCUUUUAUAAAAAUACUCUAUUUCAAUUGUUGAGAAAUCCUUUAUCUAAAAAUCUUUUAAUGAUAAUCUUAAACCCAGAAAGCACCCUACCAAUCUUAUCCUCCGCAUUAAACUGCUUUAUAAAUCUUAUAAUUAUUCUCGGUGAUCAUUUAAAUUCUCAAAUCGAAUUUGCUUUAGAAAACAUUCUCAAAUCAAUUGUACCCGAAAAUCUUGAAUCAUCAAGAUCAAAUACUCCAAGUCAAAUUGCUAACAUCAAAUUUAAUAAAGCCGCUUUCAAUUCUAGAUUGCCAAUAUCAAAAGAAUUGAUAAUAGAAUCUAUAAGUCUAUUAUGGAUAAGAUCUCAUUUUUUUUUCUUAAAUUUAUUCAUCAAAUACGAUUGUAAAAAAAUUUCUUCUGUCAACUUAUCCUACAAUCUACUAAUGUUUUUAAAUUCCCUAAGUUUUUCAAAUUCUUCUAUUUUCACAACUAACUCAGUUCCCCCAAUAUGUCUUGAUGGAUUGUGUAAAUAUAUUGAGGGCAUAGGUAUAAGAAUCAAAUAUUUAAAGUCAAAUAAUAUAAAAUUUCAAGAUUUUUCAAAUGGAAAUUUCAAAGUUGACAAAAAUUCCCCUUCCUAUAAAACUUCAAACAAUUUACUACACACAAAAUCACUAAAAGACGAAUUUUUAAAUUGUAUUAAAAUAUUCAACACUAAAGGUAUUAAAAAGGGAUUACCUUUGCUAGAAGAAAAAAGGAUUUUUUUUCACCCCAAUGAUUCUACUGAAGUUCGAAAUAAAAAAAUUGCUAGAUUUUUCUAUUUAAAUUCAAAUUAUAUUGAUAAAAAGAGCAUUGGUGAUUAUAUUUCUAAAAGGCAAAACACUGGCAUAUUAAGAGAAUUUUUAUUUAUGUUUGAUUUCACCGGUUUAAGAGUUGAUGAAGGUUUAAGAAUUAUCUUAAGAAAAUUCAGACUACCUGGUGAAUCCCAGCAAAUAGAAAAGAUUGUUGAACAAUUUGCAGAAAAAUAUGUUCAAGACCAAAAUCAUCAACAAAUUAAUGAGAAAUCAUCAGAUGAAAAGAACCAAGAAACCAAACCUGUUUCUGAUGAAAUAGUCACUCCAAACAGUGAUACCGUAUUUGUGUUAAGUUAUGCAAUUAUUUUAUUGAAUACCGAUUUACAUUCUCCAAAAGUCAAAGAACAUAUGACCCUUCUCCAAUUUAAAAGAAAUCUUAGAGGCACUUAUAAUGGCGGAGACUUCCCAGAAUGGUAUUUGGAAGCUAUUUACAAUGACAUUCAAUCUGAAGAAAUUAUAUUGCCCGAAGAACAUGUUGGAAGCAGUAAAUGGUUUGACGCUUCAUGGGCAGAAUUGAUGAAUAGCGCUAAAUAUGAUGAAGACGAAUUUUAUUUAAAUGAGUAUCUAAUUGAAGAGGACGACAACAAUAACUUUCCUUUACUUAUUCAGUUUGAUAAAUUAUUAUUUGAAUCUGUUUGUGAAAAUUUAAUCAAUACAUUUGUUACAAUUUUCAAAGAAGCUCAUGAUGACCAAGUAAUAAAUAAAAUGAUGGCUAUGAUUGACAAGUGUGCCACAAUAGCCAAUUAUUUUGGAUUGUAUCAUGUGGUGGAUAAUAUACUACUUGCUCUUGGCGAUUUAACAUUGUUGAUAGAUAUUAAUGAUGAUGAUUUGGACCAGAGUUCUCCCUCAAAUGAGAAGAAUAAGAGAAAAAAAAUUGAUGUGAUUACGGUUAGCGAUAUUGCCGUAUCGUUUGGAAAGAAUUACAAGGCUCAAUUAUCUACUGUUGUGCUUUUUAGAAUUUUGAAAUCUUGUAACUAUAAUAGUUUAGUUCAUUCAUGGAAGUGUUUUUUAAAAAUUUUGUUAAAAUUGUUUCAGUAUUCUCUUAUCAAUCCAAAUAAAAUAUUUCCCAGAUUUCAAAGAAGUUUGGGUUUAAAUCAGUUACCAUCAGCAAAACCACAAUACCUAAUAAAGAAAUCCUUGAAUAAACUGGAACCUGAUCUUGGUAAAGAUAUCAGUUUGUUUGGUACCAUUUCAUCUAUCUUGAGAGGUUAUUCAGACGAACCGCCUGAACCCACAAAUGAAGAAAUAGAUUUAACAUUAUCAACAAUGGAUUGUAUUAAUUCAAGUAAUAUUAAUUUAAUUAUUAGUAAUAUACUUAAGUUAGACAAAGAAAAUUUAAAUCAAUUUAUAAAAACAUUUUUUGUACUAAUUCCAAACUUUUCAAAAAAAAAUGAAAGAUACUAUGAAAGUGAAGUAUUAUUUAUAAUCGAACUAAGUGUUUGUUUUUGUUUGUUACAGGAAAAAAUCAAUAAAGAUGUAUUGUUAUUAAUUGUUGAAAAAAUUGAUGAGAUUUUUAAAACCAAUGAAAAUAAUGAAAAGACUAUUCUUAGCCAGUCUUCCCUAUUGAGAUUGUUGACUUAUCAAUGUAUAUUAUAUAAUAACUCUAAUGGUUUUACAACAGAAUUUAUUCCUUACUUGAAAAGCUCUUUAGAAAAACUAUCCGAUGUGGAUUCAGAGAUUCUUAAAAGUGAGGGAUAUCAGAUUUUGAAACCACUAAAAUCACUAAUCUUUACUUUAUCAAAGUCGAAUUUGAGUCAAGUCAAAAGUGAAGAACAGGAAUUAUUUUUAGGUGCUUUGAUAAAUAAUGAAAAUUAUUGGAGAGUUUUGAGAACGUUUGCAUCUUCCAUAAAAUAUGUCAAGAAUAUUUACAAAUUUACAGAAGAAUUGUUUAAAAAUUAUAAUGAUUGUAUUUUACCAGAUAAUUUUAUUUUUCUCUUAGGUUUAUUAGACGAAAUCUCGUCAAAGGGAUCUCUAGGAGCCAAAUACGAACAAGAUUAUGAGGUUGCAGUUUUAAAUAAUCCUAAAAAUGUUCCAGAAAAUAAAAAUCCCUAUGAAGAAGUAAUCAACAUCUCUAUUCAGUCAAUUGAACUAACGGUUUCGUUAUCAACAUAUAUCAAGAGAGAUGUGUUUGUGAAAUUUCAGGAAGACACUCGGUUCUGUUUAUGGUAUUCGAUAAUUCAAGCAGUUUCUCACCAAGCGGAAAAUCCUUGCAGAAAAAUUAGAAAUUUUGGUAUUAAUACGUUAUCAAAUAUUCUACUUUCAUUGGAUAUUAGAGAUAAAAAAUUCAUAACUUCUUUGGGUAUUUUUAACUUUAUACUAUUUAAAUGGUGUAACGAUCUUAUCAAGCCCGAAAUUUCGUUAAUGGAUUUGACUGGGUUCAAUAAAUCCAAAUUGGAUCUGAUAUCAUUGAUUUGCAAGGUAUUUCUUAAGCACUUUAAUGAGGGUGUAAUUGAUGACACUACACCGUUAAACAAAAAAGAAGAGUCUGGUGAAAGUCAGACAGAAUUGCGGUGCAUAUGGUUUGGAAUAUUAGAUAUAUUUGAAAAAUUACAUAGCAAUAAACACAAUAUCAAUAGAAAGCCAAAAAAUCGAAUCAUUAGAGAAGCUUCCGUGGAAUUGUUAAGAAAUUUGCUUCUUGUAAUGGAUAUUAAAGAUAACGAUUAUUCUUGGAAAAAGAUAGACUCGAUGUUUUCUGGUUUAAAGGAAGAUUUUUAUAGGUAA